AUGGCAGGCGAUUUCAACUUUCCUGAUUUUACCAGCGCCUAUCCGUCUACCCCCUUGAAUGGCUUCGCGGAUGGUGCCCAGAACUUCCCACCUAUCCAGCCCAGUGCCCCCGCCGGCUACCAGCCUGUCCCUCAGCAGCAACAGCCUCCUCACUUCGCCCAACAACCUGCUCCCCAGGCUGCAUCUGAGAAGCAUGAUUCUGAGAUGAGUCCUGGUGCCGGCCGUGGAUCUUUGAACUUUGAGGAUGCCUCCCGUCAUGCCGCCGAGGAAGACAAGCGAAGGCGCAACACUGCCGCCAGUGCUCGCUUCCGUAUCAAGAAGAAGCAGCGCGAGCAAGCUCUUGAGAAAUCCGCUAAGGAGAUGUCCGACAAGGUCUCUGCCCUGGAGGGCAAGGUCAACCAGCUCGAGAUGGAGAACAAGUGGCUCAAGAACCUUCUUGUUGAGAAGAACGAGGGCAAUGAUGAGAUCGUCACACUGUGGAAGGAGUUUGCAGCAUCCAAGGCAACCAAGCAGUCCGAGUCAAAAGCCAAGUCCUCUGUCAAGGAAGAGACGAGGUGA